CCUCACCUCCUGAACUAUUCUACUUUCCUUUUUCAACUGAUCUCUCUCAAUGGAAGCCUUAAUUCUACAUUGAAUCAAAUCCAACUUUCUUUGAAGCCUAGUCAGAACUACUGGAUUCAGAUUGCUCUGGAGCCUUUUUGCUAGUUUGCAACUCCUUUGGAACAAAUUCUUCCUAUACUUCGGAAUUUUAGAUUGUGCCCCGCCCUGUGGAAUACAUUCAGAGAUUCCUAGAGAGGAACUGACUUCCUCAAAAACCGGAAUCAUUUUGUCUAAGGCUACAUCUAUGGACGAUUCCUUUUUCAGCAUUGAAAUGAGGUCAAUCUCCUCUAACCUUUCUAUAAUCAACGGCCAAUGUUCAUCUUUGAACUUGAACUUAGCCAGACUGACCGUUUUGGCCGGUUUUAUUCUAGAGCACGCGGGCUUUUGAGUAAUGGUCGGGUGACCCUAUCUCGCGAACAUGAUCUGACAGAUUACUAGGCGUCACAUGGACGUGCUAGAUCAGAUUAGGGUCAUUGGAAAAGACCAAAUCCAGAACGGUAUUCGCUCUGGUGGCUACACCAACAUGCUUGGAGAAAUUGCGCAAGAUUGCAAACGCCUCAGCUUUUCGAGCAAUUGAGAUGACGAUUUCGAAAUGGGAAUGUACCUAUCUGGAUGUUAUGUUAUGGACGCGCGGAGAACAGACAGACGAUGUACUGUGGUUGAAGCUCUAUUGCAAACUGUUUAUUGAACGGUAGUAGGGGCAUGGAUACAAGGGAUCGUAUAUACACAGAGAGCAUAUAUGAGAAAUGAGAGAGCGUGAUCCAUAAGCAUGGCAUAAGCCGUGAUAACCUAAAUGAUGAAUAACCCUACACUGGUCUAACCUCCCACUCUACAACGUGGCCUAUAUAUUGUCACAAUGGACAGAUCAAUUGAAUACAACAAGAAAAAUCAACUACAUUUACAAAUGUAGGAAAUGAACAGACCAAACAAUCAAAUAAUGAAAUACUCCUUUAAUAAAAAAUACAUGAAAUAAACAAGAACGGAGAAUGUAAAAUAAAAUAUGUAAGACUAAAAUACUAGUGAUAGGCAGAAGAGAAAGCUAAAGAACAAAUGUGUCUUACCUUAAGCAGCCAUGUGACCACUUCCACAACACAACACACUCAGACUGGCCGUUUGAAAAGAUCGGAAGCAACAAAAAGUGCGACUGCUGUCAAUAAAAGAUUGUACUUAGAAAGUGCAAUUAAUCCAUAAAAAACCAAUCAUCCAAGAGUACAAUUGUGCUAUUAUGGAGCAUUCGGGCCUUUGGCAACUUGAUGGCCACUGACAUGAGUUGUGAGCGAUUUUAAUGGUAAAGCACCUUUAAGGAAAAUAUCAUUUGAUAGAAGGCAAGAUUGGAGAGCGGCAAUCAGCCAGAAAUUGAAUCCAAAUAUCCUCUCGCCAAUCCAAUGCAGCACUACAUAGCUAGUAACCCAAGGCUUUUCUCAUUUGUUUAAAUAGGGCGCUCUACUCAUAUAAUUUGCUUGUGUAGCUACCUCCAACUCUAAUACCUUACCGUACAUCUGAUAGAACUUGAAAUAUAAUCAAUUAACUGUGGAGCAGGAUCUUUUUCGGCAACUUCCACAGCUUUUGAAUUUGUCCCUCAGCUCAUUAACUACUUCGUAAAUUUAGCCUUGUAUUAGGUCAAUCAGCCUAAAAGUUGCAAGUUAGAUAGCUUGCCACUACGAAUGUUUUAGAGACUCGAUUUAAAAUUGAUCACGACAAUCAUAUAGCUUUGUUAAGAAACUACAAGAUGGCUUUUAAGGACGAAGCUUAUCCAUACCCGUUUCAAAAACGGGCCUCAGGAUUGGGAAGAAAACCGGUUAGUGCAACCCUUUCGUAUUUCUACUCGACAUACAUUCUUGUCAGAGUCUAAUCUUGAUCCUUGAUCUAAGUAACCUACAAACAACGAAUCAAAAGGAACACAGGCGCAGAGAAUGGGGUCGAAGUUAAAGGACAAGAAAAAAGAAGUAAAGAAUGAAAAUGAAAAGAGUGUUAAAAAGUUUGCACUAAAUCGGAAAACAUCUAAAAAGUUCAGUUACACCAAAAAUGUGGAAUUUGAAAAAAUAGGGGGCAACCUUUUUUGACUCAAGACACUCUCAAAAUCUAUUUUCUUCUAACUUUCCAUUAACAAAUAUUUCUUAAUGUCCAUUAAUCCAGCAAUGUCGGUUUUCUUGGGCCCAAGUAUAGGUAAUAUUGCUAACAAGUUUGAGUUGCAUGUGAUUAGUUCCUUACUCGCCAAUACGUACUACGCAUGCCUUCCUUUAGAAAGAACCUUGAACUACAUUUGGCCACUUCGGGCGAAAAUCGACCAAGAAUAUUAUUGACUCAUUGUAGUUUGGUUGUGAUGGAUGCAUGAUCAAUCAACGGCAUUCGAAUUCACAUGCGAUCCAAAAGCCAAUACCAUUUUCCAGCCUUGAUCCAACUAUUCACUGAAAUUCUUUCAAUAGGGAGCACACAUGCUACUACAUUCAUGGUGCAAAAAGGUGUCGGUGGAGAAGCAUUAAUUUUGGAAGUGUGGGCAUUGCUUGUUUGUUGGAGACAUGUUGACAUAUCAGAAGAAUGUAUUAUCAAUCGUUUGGGCCAUAAUGGCCUCAUCAUUCACCAAUCUCCAAGAUGCUCAAGGUGUCUCCAUCGCUAAGGUGCAAGAAGACGGAGUCUUUUCAAAUAAAGCCUUUUUGAGGCUGAAGGAUGGAUUGCCGCGGAACUUGAUCGACUUUACGCUUUGCACUCGCCUCUCACUGAAUUAUCUUCGAGGAUCUAGGAACUACUGGCUGUCUUUAGGCAAUUUGACCCAUGACACGUUGUUAACCGGGGCUUAUGUGGUUAACGAAAAAGAAACAUUGAUAUCGGUGCAAAGAUACCACCCUAUGAUCCAGGAUGAGAUAUCUCUGCGAUUUGAAAAUGGAUUUAACUUCCAAGAAUGGGAGCACUUUUGCUUCGUGUUCCAAAGUUUCGCCCAAGUGCCAUAUCCUGGAGGAAAUAUCAACCUGACCACCAAGGCUUACUUCAAUGGGGAGUUCAUUCGAGAGGUCACCAAAGUGGUUCCCAAAUCCAGUUUCGUCGAAAUUGCCCAAGGAGCGACAUUGUUGUUGGGGCAAAAGCAAGACAACUCGCGGAAAGAAUAUGAUGUGGAACGGUCGUUUAGUGGUCGCUAUGCAGAUCUGUCCUUUUGGCGAGGCCAACUGGUUAGCGAGGAAAUCAAGGCCCUCGCCAAUUGCAAAAGCGCCUCCAACCGAGGCAUCAUAGUGGAUUGGGAUGUGAGCAAAUACGAAUUCGAUUCUAAUCAUGUCUCGGUUGAAACGUACAAGAACAACGAUCAACCUUGUUCGAAGGCCAAUUUACAUGGUCGAGCUCUUUUCAACUACGGCGCUCCUCGAGACAACUUCAAGUUUCUUUGUGACAAAUUGGACGGCCAAUUGCCCGUAUUUAAGACGCAAGAAGAGAGAACCAAGAAAUACCAGGCGAUUAAGGGCUUGUUCCUUAACACCUUUGACAACUUCACAUGCCUGUUAACAGACCAAGGUGUGGAGCAAGACCAAAAGGAGGUUUUCUUUUGGACAGGCAUUGAAGAGGACACGAAUCGGACGGGCAAUCUUUUCAUCGAUGCUUAUUCCCAAAAACCGGUGGAUUGGGAUGUGAACCUAUUUCCGGGUCCAGCUGCCGGCGAUAUCAAGUGUACCAUGGUGCGUGGGAAAGAAUUUUUGGCCAAAGAAAAAUGCGAUUCGGAAUUACCGUGCGGGUACUGUGAGUUUCAUCCCAAGAAAAAGCUACUCUUGAAGGGCCUUUGUAUUGGAGAUCUGUCCGAAAACGGUGACUUCGACACGGAAUAUUACGUUUCUGGCAUGAAAAAUGAGCGCCCUCACUUCAGAGGCUUGAGGGCCAGCCACAUCUACUUCAAUGACACGGAUCAAACUUGGGUUUUGGCUUCCCUUAGAUCUCCUGGGAAGAGGUCAUUGGUCCGAAAUGACGCGUUCAAAACUGGCUUUCCCUUGGGGAGAACCCCUUGGACAUUGCUAAAUACCAACCCGGACCAGAAAGGAAUUUGUAAUUUACGUAACGGUGAACAGCACUUCUUGGCCUUUUCUGAUUGCUAUCCUGAUAGGUUCACUUGCACAAAUGGGGAAUGCAUUGAUUUGGAGCAAAAAUGUAAUUCUGUCUUGGAUUGCCAAGAUGGUUCCGAUGAAGAGGAUUGCGAGUUUCUCAUGGUCGAUGAGAGUUAUGCCAAGGACAAACUACCCAAGCGUGGCAACGAGAAAAGUCCCCUAGAAGUUUUCUUCAGCAUCGAUAUUGGCGCUUUUCCCGAAAUCGAUUCCACCAAUUUUAAAGUCAAUUCAGACUACGAUAUCAAUCUGCGUUGGUAUGAUCCGAGAUUGAAGUUUCGGGACUUGAACAACGAGACCAAAUUCAAUGGAUUGAACGCGGAGGAAAGCACUCAUCUGUGGAGUCCUAAACUGGAAUUUGUCAAUGCCCUUGGACCAGUAAAGCAAGAUAGGGACGACUUUGGUUCCCUUCGCUUGAUCAAAGAGGAAACCGAAGCGCUCCCACAAGACUUUUCCCUCUCCAGAGAAGCUCGCCUGUACUCGGGAGAAAAAAAUUCCAUAUCCUUGCAAAGAAGAUACUCGUUAGACCAUUCAUGCGAAUUUGAUUUAUACUACUAUCCCUUCGAUACUCAGGUGUGUCCCAUGGUUUUCGAGCUAAGAGACAAAACGGAGGAUUUCAUCCAAUUCAACAAAGACCAAGAUCCUAUUAAGUAUAGAGGAUCACGGAGUCUUUCGCAAUAUGAAAUUGCCACCGAAGAAUUGGAAAUCACCCGAAACGAGAGGAAUUUCAGCACAGCCUUGGUAAAGGUUGUCCUUCGACAUCGAACCGAGUUCCACGUGGCCAAUUCCUUCGUUCAGACACUAAUUGUUCUGAUCGUGGCCUUUGCCACCUUCUUCUUCGAUUUGAACGACUUCUCGGAUAGAAUAAUGGUUAACACCGUUUUGCUCCUAGUUAUGGCCACAAUCAACGCCUCAAUUCAAAAUCAUGUUCCCGUCACAUCAUACUUCAAACUCAUCGACGUUUGGUUGCUGUUUUGUGUUGUGGUGAUUGUGAUCGUCAUUGUGUUUCACACCAUCUUGGCGGCUCUCUUCACAGGAUCUGGACCACGAAAAGGUGACAAUCUCAAUUCUAAAAGCGCCUUUCAACGCAUCCGAACUCCUUCCGGAUCUCUCACCACAGAUACUCAAGGUCUCCGGGAAACCUUUAGCGGGGACGACUCACCUGUUGGUCGAAUUGCCAAUUGGACGGGCAUGAUCAUUGUACUGGUGAUCAUCAUUAUCUUCAAUAUUGUAUUUUGGGUUAUCGCCUUGAAAGAGUUCAACAUGGACUCCGCCCAGAUAUUGAUUGAGAAGAAGCCCAUUCGUUAAAAUGGCGAGAGACACCAUAAGAUGGGAUCGAUACGUUACAGUGUUUACGAUCAAUGACAAAGCCUACUAAAACUUACAAAAUAUUCUUCGGUCAAGAGCAAGUCCUGAAAACAAGGGACAAUCUAUCGUUUAGUCACGUGAGCCAAGGUACGCAGUGGGUCAUAAAUCGAUGGAUGCUGUGCAUCGAGAUGGGGCUUUGAAUUACGACUUAAUUCAAAGUGACCGAUCAAUAUAGCAAAAUUCAUUUUUCAAAGCUUUUGAUUGAAUGGGCUGACGGUGCCUUCCUUGUUUUCACUUUCGUUUAAAAUCUAUGAAGAGAUUUCUGCGGAAUCAGCUUGGAAAGAAAUAUUUCUCCUCAUUCGGAUUGCCAAUUGGUGCUACUGGAAUGUUUUAUGGGCGUCCUGACAAGUUGGCCCAUAAGGGAUGAUUUUGAAGGCUUAGGUGAUUCCAUCAUCUUCUUACCGCCAGCUGCAAAAAGCGUGUCAUGGGCUGUUUGGUCUG